GACUUCAUCUGGUCAUCCGAUUUGGAGAAGGAGCUGUCCUCGCCAUGGGCGAAGCGGAGACGGUGGCGCAGGCGCUGCGCCAGCACGUGCUGGCGCCGGAGGAGGACAUCCGCGCCUGCGCGGAGGCGCUGGCGAAGCACGCGGACGACCCGUCUGAGGGCCCGCAGUGCGCGAGGAAGCUGCUGCGGGCGCUGACGCCGGAGAUCGACCUGGUGGCGCAUGCGCUGGCGACCCACCUGGCGGAGUUCAUCCAAGAGGAGAAGCAGAUGGAACUGGUGGCGACCGCGCUGGCCCAACACAUGGAGGAGCAGAAGAUCGGCUGCGACCCCGCGCAGGUGAUCGCUAAGGCGCUGCUCACGCACGCGGCCUUGACUUUCAGCGGCGAGCAGGAACUCCUGAAGGGCUACUCCAUGGAAGGUGAGGCCACGCCCUUUCGCGUGGCCAAGAGCCCGGCGCAGCUGCUGAAGAUGCAUGCGGCCUUGCGCAAGGAGCUGCUGGAGGGCAUCCAGCGGCAGAACCGCGUGCAGAUGCGCUCGGCCCUGAACCGAGGGGCUUCCGUGCGCGCCCAUUACUACUCCUCGCGGGUGCCGGCGAGGCUGGGGAAGUUGGAACUGGAGGGCACCGCGAAGGGCCCCAGGAGCAGCUUGGUGAACCCGGUGGACUGGGCGGUGCUGGAGGGCUUCUACCAGGAGGCCAUCUUCCUCCUGGACCUCACCGAGGGGCACGUGAGCUUCAACCGCGAUGAGGAGCGGAGUUCUCUCCAGGUGGUGCAGAUGGCCAAGGAAUGCCGGCAAGCCGUGGUGGUGGCCUGCCAGAAAGGCCAGGAGCUGCUGCUGCGUGCCCUGCUGGCGAAAGGCGCCAGCUGCCUUCAGCAGGACGCCUUCGAGCGCAGCGCGCUGCACGUGGCCGCGCUGGUGGGAGACGAGGUCGCGGUGAAGCUGCUGCUGGAGCGGGGCGCCUGGGCUCCGGAGGACCGCAAGCCCGAGGUGCUGCGCUUGGCGGAGGCACACCGCAUGCACUGCAUCAUCGAGGCUGCAGGCGUGGCUGCAGGCCCAACCAUUAAUCUUCUGAACCCAGAGCGCCCUGCGUUCCAAGAGGUCAUUCAAGUGCUCGAGGACACCAGAGAGGCUGACCGCAACUUGACCAUGGCCGAACUCGAGGAGCGCUCCAAGCUCGCCGCCAGGCCCAGGGCGCCGGUGCUGCCCGGCGCCGUGGAAGCGGAAGAGGGCACCACCCUAGCUGAGGCUCGGCAGCAGCGGCGAGAGCUGCAUGCGCAGCUGUCCAAGGCGAUCCGCAAGAACGACGCCUUGGCAGUGGCCGCUUUGGUGCAGCGGGGAGCGCCCAUCGAGCUCCCCUUCGACCUGGGCUAUGGGGAGCAGGGCACCUGCGUGGACUGGGCCGUGGCCUCGCAGCGGCCGCAGGUGGCUCUGCAGCUGCUGCGCCUCGCCGACGCCAAGGGCCACGGCCAGGCAUUGGCGCAGCAGGCUGUGGCGGCUUUGUUCUGGUCGGCGCUGCACGGCUACCCAGAGGUCCUGGAAGGGCUCCUCUCCCGGGGCCUGGAAGUCGCGGCGGCGCGGCCGGCGCCCGUGGCGCCGCUCUGCACCACCGGCUCCGCGCUGGCGCUGGCGGUGGCCAGCUGCCGCGCCGCGGAAGCCCGCGUGCUGCUGAGCUACGGGGCCUGGGCCAAGGAGCCGCCGCAGCGCCGCGCGGAGAUCCUCCAGCAGGUCAAGCUCCAGGGCGGCCAGAUGCUGUCUGCCUUUGUGGCGGAAGGUGUCUUCUGAUGGAGUUCAACUGGCCAGCGGUGCACCUGCCAUCGUCUGGCAAGGCUGCAGGUUGCAACAUGCAGCAUGCAGCACGCAACAGCCAACCCAAAAAUUUCCACAUGCGCUUUUGCAAUGCUCACUUGCCCAAAGCCAGCCUUUUGACCUUUUGGUCUCCCCCUGUUGGUUCA